GAUUAGGCUCUCAGUUGCUAGGCGCUACUUUGGGGCGGGGGGAGGCAAUGUAAAAAGAUGGGGUGAUCUGGGGUUCAAGGGCCCUUCACGUCACCGUCCUUCCAGACCGCGGAAGUUAAGCAACCGAGAGGCGGGCCUAGCGCCGGAAGCAGGAAGGAGGGCACAGGAAGCCAGGCGCCGCAGCCACUGGCACAGUCGGUCAGUGGGUCUGUCGGUCCCCGGGCAGGAUGGAGAAGCUGCGGCUCCUGGGCCUCCGCUACCAGGAGUACGUGACUCGUCACCCGGCCGCCACGGCCCAGCUGGAGACGGCAGUGCGGGGCUUCAGUUACCUGCUGGCAGGUCGCUUCGCCGAUUCGCACGAGCUGUCAGAGCUGGUGUACUCUGCCUCUAACCUGCUUGUGCUGCUCAAUGAUGGGAUCCUGCGCAAGGAGCUUCGGAAAAAGCUGCCCGUGUCGCUGUCCCAGCAGAAGCUGCUAACAUGGCUGAGCGUGCUGGAGUGUGUGGAGGUGUUCAUGGAGAUGGGGGCCGCCAAGGUGUGGGGUGAAGUGGGCCGUUGGCUCGUCAUUGCCCUCAUCCAGCUGGCCAAGGCAGUACUGCGAAUGUUCCUGCUCAUCUGGUUCAAGGCUGGCCUCCAGACCUCACCCCCCAUCGUUCCGCUGGACAGGGAGACCCAGGCACGGCCCCCGGAUGGUGAGCACAGCAGCCAGGAGCAGUCAUACGUGGGGAAGCGGUCAAACAGAGUGGUGCGAACGCUUCAGAACACCCCGUCCCUGCACUCCAGGCACUGGGGAGCCCCCCAGCAGCAGGAGAGACGGCAGCAGCAGCACCAGGAGGAGCUUUGCAUCACCCCCACCCCUCUGGGGCUGCAGGAGACCAUCGCGGAGUCCUUGUACAUUGCCCGGCCCCUGCUGCAUUUGCUCAGCCUGGGCCUAUGGGGGCAGCGGUCGUGGAAACCCUGGCUCCUGUCUGGUGUCGUGGAUGUGACCAGUCUGAGCCUCCUGAGCGACAGGAAGGGCCUGACCCGGAGGGAGCGGCUGGAGCUGCGGCGUCGGACCAUCCUGCUGCUCUACUACCUGCUGCGCUCCCCAUUCUACGACCGCUUCUCCGAGGCCAGGAUACUCUUCCUGCUCCAGCUGCUGGCAGACCAUGUCCCGGGCAUCGGCUUGGUGACAAAGCCACUCAUGGAUUACUUACCUGCCUGGCAGAAAAUUUAUUUCUACAGUUGGGGCUAAUAGACAUCCGGGGAGUGGGGCCUGGGGAGGGGCAGGGGGACCCUCAACCCUUUGGGCCCUUGGGCCCCUGGGCCCUAAUAAAACUGACUCUGGCACUA